UGGCAUAGAAGCACUCUUUUCCUUUUGCUGCUUACCAAGUUUGCAGUGGACAUCUGGGAUUUCUAUAUGGGAUGCACUAUAUACGCAGCCAGUUCUGAGGGGCCUUCGGUGGAGGGGCCCGAGCCACAGAGACGCCCCCAUGGUCACAGCACCAGGACCUGUCGUAACCGUGACCGGCUUAAGACCAUGAGUGAUCAGCAAGAUCAGACUGAAGACAUCAAGCUCGUAACAGCUCACAAUCUGUCAGAGCUCCCCAAGGACGAUGACACGCACAGCCCUACACAUUUCAGGGUGCACCUAAUAGAUGACCUGUCAUUUGAGGAUCUCAAGAAAUGCUAUCGUGGAUCUACCGUCAGCAAGUACAAUGCACAGUACCACAAGCUCUUCCAGACUGUUCCCAAAGAUGAGCUGCUCAUGAAAGUGUACUCCUGUGCCCUAAUGCGAGAUAUACUGCUGCAAGGCCGACUCUACAUAUCCCGAAACUGGCUGUGUUUCUAUGCCAACAUCUUUGGUAAAGACAUCAAGGUGGCCAUUCAGGUAGCGUCUGUACGGUUGGUGAAGAAACAUAAGACAGCGGGUCUUGUGCCUAAUGGUUUGGCUAUCACCACAGACAGCAGUCAAAAGUAUGUGUUUGUAUCUCUGCUGUCCAGAGACAGUGUGUAUGAAGUGUUGAGACGCAUCUGCACGCAUCUACAGGUCAAUGGCAAGAAGAUCCUCAGCAUCAAGCAGUAUAUGGAGGAGCCCACUGCUAUAUCUCUGGAUGAAUUCCCUGUUCCUGAAGUGUUUCCAGUACCAGAUGAGUUUCCACCAGUGCUGAAGUGGAGGAGGAAGCCGUCAGUGGCAUCCGUGGCAUCCUCUCUACCUGAUCUACUGGGAAACUCCACCAGCAGUCUGAGGGCUGGGGACAACCCCUACCAAGCAGACCAACCUCUGGAGGAACAAGGUCUGGAAACCAAAAAGAUCCUCCUCUCAGAGACGAUACCGGAGUUGGGCCAGAUGGAGUACCAGCUACUGAGGUUCUUCAUCCUGCUCAUUAUCCUGCUCAUCCUGUCUUCAUGUUACCUGGCCUUCCGUGUCUGCAGCCUGGAGCAGCAGCUCUCUUUCCUAAGCAACAACCCUGCACUGACUCUCCGAGAAAGGUAACUGAUGGUCACCUGCUGCAGUUCACGGGACAGCCUGCCCAACACUAGCACUCUCUUUCACGCUUGGUUUUUGCACUAUGCAAAACAGACUAUAUUAUUUAUUGAAGCAGAGUUCUGCCUCAGAUUGUGUUGACAUUGAAGACUGACUUACAGUAGGAGAACAAAACAGGAAGUGUUCUCAAAGCAAGCCAUUCUUUAUUACCAUACACAACAGGACGAAAGCACCUGCCUCACUUGCACAGGAUGCAGACCAGAUGCAAACCCUUGGAAGUGAUAUUAUGGGGAAAUAUUAUGCAAAACGUAGUUUUCUCCAAACAAAAACUAGGUUUUGUGGUCUCUUGAGUAUUGAAUGUCAUACAUAAUACUCAUAGAACUACAAUAAAUAAUAAAAGUUAUAAAUAUUUAUCGCUCAGGAUCCAAUAGAGUGCAUUUAGAUUAGAUUAUUUUAUGUAUGCAAACACGUAUGUCCCAGCAUUUCCAAUAAGAUUUAGUUAAGAGCAUCCUGACAAUAUAGGCCUAUAUACAGUAUGACUAAAUACACUAUUAAUAAUUCUCACUAUGCGUUCAGAGCAUUACGAAUGUUAGCUCAAGUCGGUGCAAUAUGAUAUAUUGCCCUGACUGAGGGCAGAAUGUGUGGCAUAAUGAAUGUCAAAUAAUAUAGUUGCAAUAAGUAAAGAAUUCACAGGCAACUUAAGAUAAAAAUGGUGCACUGAUAUAAUGCACUUUUUAAAGGUUAUCACUGUGUAGUUGUUUUCCAAAGUACAUUGCUAUGCAUAAAGAGUCUUAAACAGUAACCGUUAAUAUCAUCACACCUUUACACGAUGCAUGAUGGGUUUCCGAAGGGAGACUUAAACUCCACAUCCAGUCAUAUGAAAUGGUAGUUUUAAUGAUGGCCUAUUAUUAAAGGUAAGUUUGUACAUUCUGUAAGGAAACAUCUAGACCUUAAAUGGUUAGUUGACAAAAACUAAAUAAAAAAUAUACCAAUUUGACUUUCUUCGGUGGAACAAAAAAGUUUGGUUGGUAUGGAACAACAUGAGGGUGAGUAAAUUAUGAGAGUUUUCAUACUGGAGUAAAAUAUUUGAGAUGGAAUUUAGGAAGGAUUUCAAAUCUAGAAUGUCAAUACAUCAAAUACUGUUUAUCAUUAAGUAAUGUUUGUUAAUGUCAUCAAUGGAUACGUUUUUUUUGUUUAUUUUUACACAAAAUAUUAUUCAAAUGACUGGUACGUGAGAUACAAAUGUAAAUCUGCCCCAGCAAUCUCUAUUAAAUGAUCUAGAUACUGUAUAUACCCUUAUUCAGUAAUCGCAAAAACCACUGUGAUUGGUCCAUCCUGUCCAGCGAUGAGAAAAGUAACUGGUAUCACAGACAACAACAAUCAUUUAGAACUAUAUAACUUUCUUUCUUCUGCUGAACACAAACAAAGAGUUUUAGAUGAAUAUCUCAGCUCUGUUGGUCCAUACAAUGCAAGAAGAGGGUGACCAGAGCUUUAAAGCUCCAAAAAGCAUAUAAAGGCAGCAUAAAAGUAAUCAAUAUGAUUCCAGUGGUUUAAUCCAUGUCUUCAGAAGUGAUAUGAUAGGUUUAAAUGGUCUGCACUUAUAUAGCGCCUUUUUAAGCCUUCACGGUAUUCAAAGCGCUUUACACUGCGUCUCACUCACCCAUUCACACACACAUUCAUACACCAGUGGCGGCAGAGCUGCUAUGUAAGGUAUGUAAGCUAGCCUGCCAUUGGGAGCAACUUGGGGUUCAGUGUCUUGCCCAAGGACACUUCGGCAUGUGGGGUCGUGUGGGGCGGACCUUGCGAUUAGUGGCCGACCCGCUCUACCAACUAGGCCACAGCCGCCCCAAAGGUGUGGAUGAGAAUUUAGGGAGGAUUUCAAAACAAGAAUAUCAAUACAUCAAUACUGUUUAGCAUUAUGUAAUAAUGUUUGUUAAUGUCAUCAAUGGAUACGUUUUUGUUGUUGUUGUUUUUACACAAAAAUAUUUCAUUUGCCUCCAGUAUUUUCACAAAAACUAAUUGCACCAUUUUGCAUCAACUGGAGUUUGAAGUAUGUUUGAAGCUGAUGAUGGAUUUGUGUUAGCUUAAUAAACUGGUGCAGAUGAGUAACCGGCAGUAGUGAAGAGACAGUGAAUAUGCAACUUGUAGAGAAGUUUAUUAGUGGUUUCACAAAAGCUGAUGAUAAAACUGAAAAGUCUGGGAUGCUGGAACUUCUCAUGUCUAGCCAACAUCGUUGUUUGAGCAAAUCAGACUCCGCCCACAUCUCAGCAGAUUUUGGUGGAACACACUCAAACCAAUUUAUAACCAAAUAAAUGCCUGUUGUUGCUUUUUUUCUUUUGGUUGACCGGGGUCCGGGACUCACACCAGACUUUAGCCAAAUGCUAUUUCACUCAAAGGCGUUUGGCACCACCACUGCCAAAACUAAACCAGAUGUUCCAAAAUCAUGCCAGAUUUGGACCAAAUUCUGUUGCUAUCUGGCUAAAGUUGGAUUGUAAAUUUAAGAAUGUGUAUUAAGGAUUGAUAAAUCGACAUUUGAGGGGUUAAUAAGCUGUUGUGAGAGUUUAAUCGUAAAGUCUGUGAGAAGUGUCCUACAAGCCAAAUACGUCUAUGGAACUUAAUCACAGUAGCGUCAUCUUUAAUUUCUUACAGGAAUGACAAUGAAGCUGUGAUGGAUUUACAGUUUCUUCAAUGAGUUGUACUGUUGUAUAAUGUGUUUUGGUAGUUGUCAAAACAGCCCAAAAAGAUGAGUUGUGGGAAAUGAAAUAUGGUAUUGGAGCUUAUGCAGCUUUAUAAGAUGUAUGCAAUUAAAGGGACUGUUGCCAAUGCCUCAUAUAGCCUCGUUUUCAUUCACGUCACAAAUCUACUGGUGCUACUGUGUAUAACUAAAUAACUCUGGAAGGCAUAAGAUCUGCACAGCUGUCAUUGCUGCAAGUGGAGGAUUCUUGGAGAAACAAAGUUUAACGAACAUAGCAUUUAUUUAAACUGAAAUAGUAUCUUGAAACAUUAUAAAUGUCUUCGCCGUAAUGUCUUCACCAUUUAAUGCAUCCUUGGUGAAUAAAAGAACAUACACAACUACAUAGUGAUGAGACUAAUUCAGUGAUUUUCCACUCUCUGCUCCUCAGACCUUUUCAUAAGCACCUGUCUCACAGGAUGUGGUCUUUUAAAUGGGCAUUAGAGAGCUGAAUGUGUUAUAAAUUCACGAAUAUUUCUCUGCUGUGUGGGCUCUUUGGAAUAUUAUGUUUCAUACAUUAUGAUUUUACUGUUGCUCCAAAGGGAAUGAUUUUCGGGACAGCCAUUUUUUUGGGGUCUAUUUUCAGUUCAGCUUUAGUAUUAUUUCUCAGUCAGGUGCAGAAUGUGCUGUCCGUUCUUAAACAAUAAGACAUUACAUGCAGAAGCAGAGUGUUACAGUGAUUUUACCAUGGAUAAGGUUACAAAUGUAAAACUGUCAUGCAUGGACUGUAGUAGCGGAUGGCUUUUAUGAAACAGCGGCAAAAGCAAUAUGAUAAAAAAUACCAUAUAAUUAUCAUAAAUAAUAAUCGGACUACAUCCUUCCACCAAGUAAUAUGGCGUAGCAACUAAAGGGAUAGUU